UAAGAGCUGUGUGUGAGCAAAGGGAACACCAUAACACUCGUUAUUACCACUCUAGUCUUAAUUCACUCUUACUCUGGCAAGUAAGUAGGCAAAUAAACACGUACAUAUCCAUCCACCACGUAGAUGAUAGCUCGCAUAAAGGAGGAAAUUGUUCAAGGGGUAUCCCUCAACAGUGAGAAGCUUCAUUUCAUCUUCAUUUCAUUACUCGGGCUUAACUCCAAUCUUCAAUUCAAUUACGAGUCAUUAUCAUUAAAUAUCUGAGCGAGGGAGGUUGUUUUGUUGGAGUGAGGAUUAUUGGACGAGUGCAAAUUGUUGAUUGCUUUUGUGGGAGAGAAGAGAAGUAAUAACAAUAAAAUAAAAUAAGGAUUAAAUUGCCCAUUAAGUUAUACACACACACAUUCAACAUUGAGAACUUACACGGUUUGCUUGCUUACCACUUGGUUGGGUGCCGGUCAGUGUGUACAUAAUUUGUAAGAACGGGUUGUCGUUAAAGGAUUUUCUUACCGCUGCUACAUACGAUUCAUCGUCAGACUGACUGGAAUAAAGAAUCUGCGGGUUACAAUUUUAUGAUAUAAAGUGAUAAUUAAUAUGUGAUUAGAAUAAAUGGGGACGCAGAGGAGAUAAAUAGUUUGCAGAGUGGUGCAUGGUGGUCGUGUUAAUGGGCUGUUUAUUACCGGAACAAAGCUGUGAACUUUGUAAUAAAUUGAAAUUAUUUUUUUAAAACGGAUUUUUUAAAGAAGACUGAAUUUUUUGUAGUGAUGUGACACCUAAUUUAUUAUUAUUAUGUACUGUUCACCCUCCUCCUCAUCGUCGCUGCAGUAUUCCGCAUUUUCAUCCCCCGUGUCACACCCCUUGCUGAAAUUGAUGAGUUUAUCUGCCACACUGCCCCCACCAUCGUCGUCGUCGUCACCCUCGUCCACGUUAUCCAGCUACGAGGCCAUGCUGCUCAAAGGUGGUGGGCACCAGUCCCCCGUCCCCAUUCCCAGUCCGAACAAUGCCCAGCACCCCGAAUCCCCCAAGAGCAGUGCGGCCACCCAGAACGGAGGUGGUGGUGACCAUCACACGUCGUCAUCCUCCUCGUCAACGUCGUCAUACACAUCAUCCCUCACUAAUAAUAACAAUAAUAACACCACCCUCAAGGAAGAUCUCGUCUCGUCCCCUCCCCCACAAAGUAAAGAUGACGAUGCCGACGAGGUCCUCAGCAUCGGGGGCAACGACGAAGCCGACACGACCACGACGGACGAAGUUGUCACCGUCGUGGACAUGGAAGACGGCGAGAAAACAAUCCUCCUCGAUGGCGAGGAAGACGACAAUGAUGAUGACACUUUCUCUCAAAAGUCUCACAUUUCCCAGACAUCCUCCCUCCCUGCGUCGUCCUCCUCCUCCUCGUCGACGACGGGGGGUCGGGUGAGAAAGUACUCGAGUGAGGACUGCUUCUCAAUUAAGUCGCUCUGUUCCCCGGCGAAUAAUCACAACGCAAUUUGUAACGGGUCGCCACCGGAGGAAAUCUUGCGACGGACCUCGUCCUCCCUGCUUUUCUCCAUUGCCAACAUUUUAAGACCCGACUUUGGGUCGAGUCCUAGUCCUUUCGUCCCUCAGAAGAGGAGUACUAAGUCACCCCCACGACCCCACUAUCUGGGUGGGGCGGCGGCAGAGUUAUACAAACCGUACGGUUUUCUGGGGGGACACAACACGAAUCCGAUCGACUUGUCGAGAAGUCAGGCUUCGUACCCCGGUUUGCUGGAUAAGAUCUCAUCCUCAUCACCUCCAGAGCCUGGGACGAAGCGGAGCAGUAGUUAUCAGCAUCAUCACAAGAGUAAAAAGUCGCACGGGAACAGUGGUGGUGACCGGGACAGGAUUAAGUCCAUGGGACAACAGUCACAUAACAACCCGCAUAGCAAAAGUAAUCAUAUCAAGUCAAGUAAUUUAUCGGGUGCGGGAGGGACGACGACGACGAAUAGUUCUAGUAAAUCACCAGGCCUGACACCCUUGCCAAAUCCGAAGGAAAAGAAGGGUGAUUCGGCAGGAAAUAAUGGACAAACGUUGUGGCCGGCUUGGGUGUACUGCACGAGAUACAGCGAUCGACCAUCAUCAGGAAGAAGUCCGCGCGCGAGGAGGGAGCGGAAGAGCAAGGAGAAGGAGGUGGACGAGAAGCGGCCAAGGACAGCCUUCACCGCAGAACAGUUGUCCCGACUAAAGAAAGAGUUUGACGAAAAUCGCUACCUCACGGAAAAAAGGAGACAAGAUCUCGCCAGAGAGUUGAGACUUCACGAAAAUCAGAUCAAGAUUUGGUUCCAGAAUAAGCGAGCCAAGCUGAAGAAAGCGAGCGGAACUCGGGGAGGAUUAGCCUUGCAAUUAAUGGCUCAAGGACUGUACAAUCAUUCAACCAUCCCAAAAAGUGGGGGCGAGGAAGACGAUUCCGACGAGUAGAGAAACAAACUUUUACUGGUAAUUAAUUUAAUCCGGCAAAAAAAAAUUCUCUCAAGUCUGGCAAGAUUUGCAUGAAAAUUUUCAAAAUUGUAUAUUUAUUCCCGUCAGUUUAUUUAAAAAACUACGCUGUGAAAUACCGUGUAAGAUAAAAUAGCUUAGAAAAGCCUCACCCAAACCACAUCCACCCAAUAAUCUCAUUUUUUAGUUCCUACAUCAUAAUUACACAUAUGUAAAUCCAUCGUGACCGCAAUAUAGUAUUAGAAAAACAGGUGUAUCAUAUCAUGUGUGAUGAUAAGUCGCUCUUACAAUUAGUUAAUUAAAUUUGAUGAAAAUGUUACAAAUAACUUAACUUAUGUCAUGAAUGUGGUGAGUAGAAGCUCAACAUAAUAUUUGCAAUGUUCGAUUGGAUGCAAUACUAGAGACGAAUACAUCGUAGGAAUCUUGUACCAAUAUUAAAGUAGGCUAACUAAACAUGUACUGUAGAACUGCCCAAACAUUAAUUAUUAUAAUUAUUAAUAAUUACAAUAAUACAUACAUACAACGCAGAAAGAAAAAAAGUCGUACAAAUAAAUGACAAAUUUAUUAACUCUUAUUUCUAAUUGGGGCAGACUAAUAACCAUUUUAUGUUAAUAACGUUUGACGAAGAAAAGAAAAGACCGAGUAGAAAUGGCGAAUCGGAAAAGCGAAAGAAAUAAUAAAGUCAUUUUUAAGAAUAUA